AUGAGUCAUGGAGGUCGAUUGGGACGACGUAUUACGGAUGGCAUCCAUACUGAUUGGAAAAAGUGGUGUACGGAAGUUGACAAGCUGCGGAACAUUCAAAUUCCUCGCCGUUACACCGAAAGUCUCCCAAGCCAGAGUUGUUUCUUCACCUUACACAUCUUUGCGGAUGCAAGCCCCAUCGCUUACGGAACUGUUGCGUACUUGAGUGGCACUGACGAGCAUGAUAAUACCACUUCGACGAUUCUCAUCAGUAAAUCCCGAAUUGCUCCUGUCAAAACGUUAACAUUGGCAAGACUGGAACUAAUGGCGUGCGUGUUAUCAGCGAGAUUGUACACCUACUUGCAACGUCAUCUGAAAGUCCGUCUAGAAGAAGUGGUCUUCUGGUCAGACUCGACGAUCGGUAUCCAUUGGAUCAACGGCGAGCCAAGCAGGUGGAAAACCUUCGUGCGAAACCGUGUGGAAGAUAUUCAACGACACACGGAUGCUACUCAGUGGCGACAUUGUUCCGGGAAGGAGAACCCGGCAGACUUAGUAACGAGAGGAGUAUCCGCGACGAACCUGGUUUACAGUACCCUGUGGUGGAACGGGCCGGAGUGGAUAAGGGAAUCAAAGGAGAACUGGCCUCGAGGAAAAACGGAUGGUGUGCAGUAUCAGAGUAGUGAAGAGAAGGCCGUGAAGGAAACAGGGGUCAUUCAGACGCAAGUCGCUGAAACGGCAGGCAACGCUUUGCUAGACGUAGAGUCGUAUAGCAGUCUUCACCGACUCCUGAAAGCGACAGCCUGGAUUCUGCGCUAUGUGAGAAAUUCGAGGCCAGGGAGAAGAACGUCGGGUCCCAUCACCGUUACGGAAUUAGCCGAGGCAGAGAAGCACUGGACAAAACACGUACAGGGACAAUGUUUUGCGACAGAGAUUAAGUGCACCCUGGAGAACCGGAAGCUACCAGCAAAUCCUCCCCUACGCACAGUGACCCUGUUCAUCGACAAGGAGGGCCUGCUCAGAAUCAACGGCCGACUGCUGUUCAGUGGGAAAGGGUACGAUGAACAGCAUGCCAUUGUUCUGCCGAAGACGCACCAUCUGUCAACGUUAGUAGUGCGAGGAUGUCACCGACAGGUGCUUCACAGUGGUGUGCGAGACACACUGGUCCAAGUAAGGGAAAGGCACUGA